GAGUAGAUCUCUGUUCCUUCAUCUUGCUAUCACACUCCAUUUGCAAUCGCUGUCAUCUUCUACAAUACCUUUUGUAUUUCCAAGCCAAUUUUCGAGAUGGUGGAUUUUUCAUAAACUCAUCUUCCACGCAGACACCACCAAUUCUCACUAUACACUACCAGGCCUUCGCCCCUCACAUACUUUCAUCUUCUAGGUACACCUUGUACUCCGUAGGAAAUUUCGCAAUCACAUUUUCAGCCUGUCACCUGCACUCGCAGCUACCCCAGAGAAGGUGCCUUCUUAAAGAGGGGAUUUAGGAAGGAUCACAGCAAGGCAAUGGCUGGAUGUCCUCUCUGAAGGUGAGAAAUUGGUGGGAGGCUGCAAGGAAGAGUGUCUUAGAGUUUGAAGAUGUAGUAAAAGUCUCCAAAUUCUCUAUCGGUUCAUAAAAAGCCACAAAUAGCAGUUCAUGCGUAGAUUCUGAAACACAGGCUUUUUGUAUGUUGAUGUUAAGUAUCUAUUAUCCACUAUUCCUGUAAAUCUUCACUUCCGUGAAAUUAAGCUGCAAUGUGCACUCAACACUUUCUGCCGUAAUGUAUAUUGUUGAUGAGGUUUUGAUUGUCAUGGUUCUCCUGUCCCCAACGCUUGGGGUUAUCAGAUUAUCUCUGCAAAGAUCUCAACCCAAUUUUUGGCCCUUUCCCAGACAGCUGUUCAUACAUCAUUCCUCCCAACACCUGGGUAAUAUGUAUUCAACCAUACUUUCAUUUGCCUUGCUAUUACUAAGCCUCUCUCUUAUCUCAGGCUGUUUUUGUUUUUUUGAUAUGUUAUCCCUCUUACACUGAGAUAUAAUUUGAUUCUUUUUACAGCAAUAUAAACAUUUUUAGAUCAAAUUCUGUAGUGAGGGAAAGAGUCACUAAUUCUAUAAUUAAAGGAGGAAUGUUCCUUAAAGCCCGCCUAAACCAUAAUUGCAAGAAAUUUGUCUUGGUGCUGUCUCUCUGUGUCAAACCACACACUCACACACCACUCGGUACUGCAUAGAGACACCUGCAAGGAGACAGGAAGCGGUAUAACUGCACACGCAGCAAGUCCCAAAGGGUAUUACUGCAAGAUGCACCCUAAAACAGACAGCACUGACAUCCUGGCACCAAGUCUUAGAAAAAGGUUUUCUAUGUAGCUCAUACAAUGUAGCAGGCCUUGAUGCUGUGUGCACAGGAUUCCGUCUUUACAUGGUUUCCACCCAAAUUCUGUUAAGCUGUUUCUUGUCUGCUUCUCGCACAGAUCUUUAUUAGACGUUGCGCACAUGGCUUCAGGUCAUGUGCAGAAGGCCUCUUCAGGGUUCUCAUUCCCUGGAUUCUGUGCUGCAAUCGGGCUUUUCUUUCUGCUCUGGGCACUCUGCACCGUCUGCAAGAAACGGUAAGUCUGGUUAAGCCUUACAGAGGUAGGUGGCUAACCCAAUAUGAUGAUUAUGUGGAAGCGAGACAACAGAGCUGUGGGUGGUAGCUUGCCAAUCUAGGCCUUGUGUAAGAAGCUAAAUUUUGUGUCAAAGUUCUAAAUUGGUUGCUAUUAGCAGAAGCGUUCCAAUGGCUUCUUUUGAGGUUUGCUCCACUUUUUUGGAUUUUGUCAAAGAAUGGAUCUUCAUAAACCAUCCUCAAUGUGUUUACAAAUUGGAAACCGUCAAUGGUGGAUGAGGAGUGGUUAUCGUGUGAGAAAUUUACUGGAUCCUGACUGGCCGCAAGGGUUUUUAUUUAAUAUGUGUGUCUUUUUACCAUGUCGUGAGCUUUGCUUAUGAGCUGUAUUUCCAAACGAGCUAGCUAGGCCUACAGGAAGCUGCCAUCUUGGUUAGCAAAUUAACAUCACAGGAGUAAAUAAGAAAGGCUAACGGGAGCAGCCAUCUUGUUUGGACAACUAAUUUCCCAACAGGAAUGACUUCUGAUAACAUUUGAUGUGAUGUUUUAUUUAUAUCACUGUGAUUCCUCAUAGCACAACAUUUUACAAGCAAUCAUAUCUAAUUAUUUAGAAUGUUGUUUCAUUUGUAGCUUCAGUAUUUUUCUCAAACAGCUUUAGUUGUCAUUUAUUAAACCCUCAAAAUGGCUGUAUUUAUUCCUUUAUUUGUUUAUUGUAAGAGUUAUGAGGCUUGUAUGUUACUGCAAAAAAGCAGAAAGCCUAAAUUUGUCUCCGGAACACUCAAUGGUAACAAAUCACCAAUGUGUGUCACUGGGAUUAUGUUAAUGUGACUUAUUGAUAAGUGUUAGUAAGAUUAGGUUAAUGUGAGUAAUGUAGUUAUGGACUGAGUGGUAUGUGUUGCUGAGCUCAGGUUAAUGUGAGUGACGUAACUACGGACUGAGUGGUAUAUUUUACUAAGCUCAGGACAAUGUAAAUGACAUAGAGACUGAGUGCUAUGUGUUGCUGAGCUCAGUUUACUGUGAGUGAUGUAGCUAUGGAUAGAAUGGAUAUGAAUAGACUGUGUUGCUUAGCUAAGUUAUUAUCAGUGACAUUGUUACAAACUGGUUGGUAUGUGUUACCGAGAUCAGGUUCAUGUAAGUGGCUUAGUUACAGAGUGAAUGGUAUGUUUUACUGAGCUCAGGUUAAUGUGAGUGAUGUAGUUAGAGAACGAGUGCCUUCUGUUGCUGAGCACUUCAUACUAUGAGCUAAGUAGAUAGGGAUUGAGUGUUAUAUGUUACUGAGUUCAUAUUAAUGAGAGAGAUAUAGUUAGGACUGAGUGGUAUGUUUUACUGAGCUCAUGUUAAUGUGAGUGACAUGGUUAGGGACUGAGUGGUAUGUGCUACUGAGCUCAGAUUUAUGUGAGUGACAUAGAGACUGAAUUAAGGUGUGAGGCAGCUCAUGGAGCGGUAGGUCGGUCAGCUAGCACUAAGGAGGCUAAAGUGGCAUGUGUUUUAAGCUUAGUUUAAUGUGUGUGACGUAGCUGGGGAAUGAGUGAUCUGGAGCGGUGUAAAUGUUAUGUUAAUGUGUGUGGCAUAGCUGGGGAUAGAGUAAUAUAACUGUUAUUUAUAAAAACGAAUGCAGUAUGUUUAAAUACAUUCGAAUUCUGUAUCCAUUUUGCUCAAAAACCUAUUUUUCUUCCUCAGGAAGAAGAGGAGGAUGCAGAAUAUUUGCACCACCCGAGCACCCAUUGUGGACGUGGUACAUGAAGCAAUCACAUGGGGAGGGCAGGGGGGGAUAAACAGUAACACUGUCACUCAAUGCACAGGAAUGUACUUUCUGUCCAUGUAGAGCAUUCCCAUAGUCCUUUGUAGCGGUGAUUAUGAUGUCAUUGGCAUGCGCAUGCUGCACCAAUAAAAAUGAAUUGCCACAUUAUACAAAAUAGCACAUCUUGCCUCUACAACCUCUCAGAUCCUAGCUUUAAUAUACUUUUAUUAAAAUAAACCUUAAUGCAUCUCCCAACAUUCCCAAACCUCUUGAAAAUCAAAAUACGUGUCUUUUUAUAAUGCCACCUUUAAAUAUAAAAAAAAUGAAAUAAAUACAUUAAAAAAACAAACCUAAAAUACUUUUAACACAGGUGAUGAUUAAUUUUAUUGCUCAUACAACAUUGCAACUGUCCCACGUGGCAGGACAGAUUCAUGCAAACUCAAGUGGUUGACGAAUGAGUGUUGACUUCAGUAAAUACAUUUUCUGCUUUCUAUACAAUAGAGCUGGGUUUACAAAUCCAGGCGCCGCCAGGGUGCCAGUACUUCAGUAAUACCCAAUUCUGGCCCAGAGAAGAUGCACAAAGCUCUGCUACAGUAGACGUGCCAUAGAGCAGCCCCCUAGAUAUAGUGUUACAAACUCCCAAAGUAUUCCUCAUCCUUCAUUCUGGCAUAGCAUUGUGAGAGUUAAACUUCGACAAUAGCUAGUGACUGCAUUUUGGCCAUGUUUUAUAUUUUGGGAAGCAGAAUGUUUGCUCACUGAAGGGAAAUGUCUGUAUAAUAGCAGUUAAGGAAAAAGAGAGAUUUGUUUAUUUUUUUUUUCAUUUUGGGGUUUCAGUAGUGGACAGAAUUUAGGGUGUAGCAUUUGUAUCAUGUAUAAACUGGCUUUGAGUGAUAUCACUGCCACCGUCUCUUGCAGUCCCUGCUCCGCCAGACGCAGCUUCGAUCACUCAGUAAAUCUGACACCAAACUGCAUGAGAUCCAGAGAGCCCAACCAGGAAACCCCCGUAAGUGGACACUAAGUAACUGACUUCUGCUGUAAACGCCAGUUCGGCAAAUCUCAGGCUGAUUUACUUGUUAAUUAUUUAGGAUAGCAUUAUUAGGUUGUCAAGAAUUAUUUAUUUCCGUUAAAGCCGUUAUUUCCUUAAGCCUUUAUCCUGAUCCUUUAUCCUUAUCCUUAGCAUUCUUCAAUUCCUUUACUGCGUUAGCCUUAUACACAUCCUGAGCAUUCUUCAAUUCCUUUACUGUGUUAGCCUUAUACACAUCCUGAGCAUUCUUCAAUUCCUUUACUGCGUUAGCCUUAUACACAUCCCAAGCAUUCUUCAAUUCCUUUACUGCAUUAGCCUUAUACACAUCCUGAGCAUUCUUCAAUUCCUUUACUGUGUUAGCCUUAUACACAUCCCGAGCAUUAUUCAAUUCCUUUACUGUGUUAGCCUUAUACACAUCCCGAGCAUUCUUCAAUUCCUUUACUGCGUUAGCCUUAUACACAUCCCAAGCAUUCUUCAAUUCCUUUACUGUGCUAGCCUUAUACACAUCCUGAGCAUUAUUCAAUUCCUUUACUGUGUUAGCCUUAUACACAUCCCGAGCAUUCUUCAAUUCCUUUACUGUGUUAGCCUUAUACACAUCCUGAGCAUUCUUCAAUUCCUUUACUGUGUUAGCCUUAUACACAUCCUGAGCAUUAUUCAAUUCCUUUACUGCGUCAGCCUUAUACACAUCCCGAGCAUUCUUCAAUUCCUUUACUGUGUUAGCCUUAUACACAUCCUGAGCAUUAUUCAAUUCCUUUACUGCGUUAGCCUUAUACACAUCCCGAGCAUUCUUCAAUUCCUUUACUGCGUUAGCCUUAUACACAUCCUGAGCAUUCUUCAAUUCCUUUACUGUGUUAGCCUUAUACACAUCCUGAGCAUUAUUCAAUUCCUAUACUGUGUUAGCCUUAUACACAUCCCGAGCAUUCUUCAAUUCCUUUACUGCGUUAGCCUUAUACACAUCCUGAGCAUUCUUCAAUUCCUUUACUGUGUUAGCCUUAUACACAUCCUGAGCAUUCUUUAAUUCCUUUACUGUGUUAGCCUUAUACACAUCCCGAGCAUUCUUCAAUUCCUUUACUGUGUUAGCCUUAUACACAUCCUGAGCAUUCUUCAAUUCCUUUACUGUGUUAGCCUUAUACACAUCCUGAGAAUUCUACAAUUCCUUUACUGCGUUAGCCGUAUAUACAUCCUGUGCAUUAUUUAAUUCCUUUACUGUGUUAGCCUUAUACACAUCCCCAGCAUUCUUCAAUUCCCUUACUGUGUUAGCCUUAUACACAUCCCCAGCAUUCUUCUAUUCCCUUACUGUGUUACCCUUAUACACAUCCCCGGCAUUAUUCAAUUCCUUUACUGUGUUAGUCUUAUACACAUCCCCAGCAUUAUUCAAUUCCUUUACUGCGUUAGCCUUAUACACAUCCUGAGCAUUCUUCAAUUCCUUUACAGUGUUACUUUGUUUUUGUUGCAAUGCAAUAUAAUUUGGCUCUCCCCAAGUUAAAAGGGUAAUCCAGAUAUGGACCAUUCUUCAAUUCCUUUACUGUGUUAGCCUUAUACACAUCCUGAGCAUUCUUUAAUUCCUAUACUGUGUUAGCCUUAUACACAUCCCGAGCAUUCUUCAAUUCCUUUACUGUGUUAGCCUUAUACACAUCCUGAGCAUUCUUCAAUUCCUUUACUGUGUUAGCCUUAUACACAUCCUGAGAAUUCUACAAUUCCUUUACUGCGUUAGCCGUAUAUACAUCCUGUGCAUUAUUUAAUUCCUUUACUGUGUUAGCCUUAUACACAUCCCCAGCAUUCUUCAAUUCCCUUACUGUGUUAGCCUUAUACACAUCCCCAGCAUUCUUCUAUUCCCUUACUGUGUUACCCUUAUACACAUCCCCGGCAUUAUUCAAUUCCUUUACUGUGUUAGUCUUAUACACAUCCCCAGCAUUAUUCAAUUCCUUUACUGCGUUAGCCUUAUACACAUCCUGAGCAUUCUUCAAUUCCUUUACAGUGUUACUUUGUUUUUGUUGCAAUGCAAUGUAAUUUGGCUCUCCCCAAGUUAAAAGGGUAAUCCAGAUAUGGACCAUUCUUCAAUUCCUUUACUGUGUUAGCCUUAUACACAUCCUGAGAAUUCUACAAUUCCUUUACUGCGUUAGCCGUAUAUACAUCCUGUGCAUUAUUUAAUUCCUUUACUGUGUUAGCCUUAUACACAUCCCCAACAUUCUUCAAUUCCCUUACUGUGUUAGCCUUAUACACAUCCCCAGCAUUCUUCUAUUUCCUUACUGUGUUACCCUUAUACACAUCCCCAGCAUUAUUCAAUUCCUUUACUGUGUUAGUCUUAUACACAUCCCCAGCAUUAUUCAAUUCCUUUACUGCGUUAGCCUUAUACACAUCCUGAGCAUUCUUCAAUUCCUUUACAGUGUUACUUUGUUUUUGUUGCAAUGCAAUGUAAUUUGGCUCUCCCCAAGUUAAAAGGGUAAUCCAGAUAUGGACCCUGUGCUUACUGUGCCUAGAGGGGAAUUGGCUACACCUCGCUGACGAGGCCCAAAGCAGGCCGAACCGAUCGUCCGAGUUGCUGUUUCUCUUGUGCAUAGAGAGCUUGCCGGCAUUUCGGUUCUGGACUGCCUUUGUUGGUGGGAUCAGUCUGCUAUACUUUGGAUCUGGUUCUCUCUGUAAUGGCACAAGUGAGCAAAAUCUAUUUUGAGACCUGAGCGGGGAUUUACUGAAAGGCAAACUACUGAGUUCCUCUAAGCUUUUGUUCGUUCUGAGAGUUCUCUAAUUCUCUGUUUAAUUUUCUGUGUUACCCUAAUACGUGGUUCCUCCCAGGGCAGCUUCCAAAUAGAAAUGUGUGAAGCACACAGUCUAAAACCAUAAAAUCAAUUAUAUAAAUCCUAGAAAUAAACCAAUAAACAUGAUGAAAUCCUACAGUAUUGAAGUUCGUGCCCUGAUACUGUCCUGAUGUCUACGAACCGCUCAUUAAAUAUUAACCCUUUGUUCUCCUCCAGAUAUUAACCCUUUGUUCUCCCCCAGAGCUCAGACCAGUGAGUAUGGAUCCUGUCUGGAUGUGGCAGCGCCCUCCGUGUGCUCCGCCAUCCGACACCACUUACUCUAACCUGUUGUACAACACAAAACCACAACACACAGCUCUUUAUGAAAGAGUGAACACACCGACAGAACUGGAGGGCUCAAGGUGUCCCCCGUCAGAGAAUGCAGUGACUGACGAGUAUGCAUGUGUAAGGAAGCUGAAAAAGGGGGGGGACAUCUCAGCACCCCCUCAUGUUACUCACCCCUGCCCUAUAAACAGACCAGAUGGACUAAAGGUGAGUGUUCCAUCCAGAUUUUAGGCUCAUGGACACCAUGCACUCUUACAUCACAACUACAUUCAAAAAAGGCACAGGCAUGGCAUUUAAUGUAAAUUAACUUACUCUUCCUGCAAACCUCGGGUAGAGUAAGAUUGUAUAAGUGCUAAUUUUUCUAGAGUUCUCUAGUGUGUGUUCCUAUUAGACUUUGAGGGGAACUUUAACGCUGUGUCCAAUGUGUGGAAAUUGGGAAUUCAAACCUUAUUUACCAGCGUAUACUGUCACCACAAAAUUAUAGCGCCUAAAAGGACAUGUGGCCGUAUACGUACCCUAUUUGAUAAGGAGGUAUUUUCUGCAAUAUGCUAAAAAUGUGCUGGUUGAGAUUAAGUGUCUCAGUAAUUAGAAACUGUCUAUGUAACCAUUAUAUGACAUUUUAAAAAUUCUCUAUACCUUGUGUUUAACUUUUUAAUUCAGUUGAGCAAUUUGUUUCAUAAACAACAACAAAAUUAUUUUUUUUCAGUGUCACUAAGACUUUUAAUGUACCACAUUUCUGAUACAAUUCCAAGAUGGCUGCCUCCACAUUGAAACAUUGACAGUAAUUCGAUUGGUAAUUCCAGCCAAAUAAACUGAAGUGUGCUCAGACGGCAAUAUUAAUAUUUUUGCAUUAUUGUAUUAAACUAAUUUAUGGAAGGAAAAGUUCAGGUCACAGUGUCAUUUUAAAGGCUGAUUUUAAGGGAUUGGAUAACUCUUUAGUAACACAAGUGUGAAUUUAUUUGAGGUGGUGGUUAAACUAGGUUGCCAACAAGCUCGAUAUUGGAGAAGCAAGACUGUCCUCAGUAAGAUCUCUCCCUAACUGGGCUACUUUGACCUAAAUUGUGCCAGUUCCUCACCGACCACUAUGAUUCAUUUUGACCUUGGUCUUGCAGAUUGAAGAUAUGUACUCGAAGGUACACAAGAAAAAGAAAUCUGAAGAUACCAUAAAUGUUUGCGGAAGUACAGGGAAUGUUCACGGGAAAAACACCAGGAGUUCUGAGCAUAUUUCACCUCCGAAGGUCCUAGCAAUGCAAGCCGAGGAAAACUUAUACGAAAGCAUCUGUGAGAUGAGCAGCCAUGCUAAUGGGCUAGAACAGGAUAUCACAGAGUUCUAAGCACCAUCUCGCCUUCACACUAAUAUUUGCACUGUUGAUAAUUACUGAACUUGGAGGGUGGUGGGUGAGGAGCUCAACAUAUAUGGGAGCUCCCAAAACGAGAAUGGGUCUGACGAAAUGUAUGAGAUGUUGGUAAAAUAAAAAUGUUUAUUAUGAGCUGUAACAAGAUUUGUGGUACUGUGUGUAUACAUGGAGGGAUGAUGUGUUCUGUAGUAAAUAAAAAAAAUGUACAAAAAAAGAGGUAAAAGCCCUACAUUGCCCAAUAAGCAUAUAUUUCUACACAAGGUAAUUUGGCAACUGGGUUAAAACUUCUAUUAGACAGACACAUAGCUUCAUUCGUAUUUUUUAAUGAAUCAGGAAAAAAACAAACUUGUCAGUUGUGCAAAUAUUAGUACAACCCCGCCAAAUUAGAAACAGUUGGCUAGUAUGCUUGAUGGUUGGCAAGUGAUCAUUGCCAUAGGCCACCAUUCACGGCACUACAGAUUAUUAUUUUUUUAUUUUCCUGAGAAAAAUAUUAAAUACACAUCGUGAGAGUUUUAAAAUGUUAUGUUAACGUCUCCUCAAAGAAAAUCCUUAUCUUGGGAACUCUCAAGACUACAUAGACUACAUUUUAGCUACCUGUCAAUCACGGUUAUAAACUCUGCCUUUCUCACUUGUCCGUCAGCAUAGUAAGCAUGCCCUCACUGUGCCAGGAUAAAAGCGGACUGUGACCAAGUGUUUACAAUGUAAGGGACCUGCGUGUCCCAAAGUGACGCAGAUUGUUUGGGGACCUGUGAGUCUCACCAAUGCAUUUCGUUUACAAGUUAUUUUGAGAAAAAAAAA